GGCUGCGCCGGCGGCGGCGAGCGGGCGGGAGGGCGCGCGGCGGCGCAUGCGCGGGGAUCUCCCCCCGCCUCCUCCUCCUCCUCCGCGGGGGCGCGCGUGCGUGCGUGCGCGCCCCCUCCCGCCGCCGUGCUCGCGCGCGCACGGGGGCGCGCGCCCCCUUCCUCCCUCGCGUCGGCCCCGGGGCGGGUGCCGCCAUGUCGGGGCCGCGGCGGUGCGCGUAACCGCGGGGGCCGCUCCCGCCCGCGGCGCCGAGCCCUGCCCCGUGCCGGGCCGCGGAGCCGUCCGGAGGGCGCGGCGGAGUGGGGGGAGGCACCUCCCUGCUCUGCCGCCGCUCCCCGAUGCCGCCCGGCACCGCGCUGCCCGCGGGGUCUGAGCCCCCGUCCCUGCUGGGACGGCCGCCGCCCGCCCACCUGCGCCGUCCGGGUGGGAUCCGCGUUUCUCCUCGCUGAGUUUCAGCGUCACGUGGCUCCGAGCUCCCCUUUGCGGGCCGCUCCCGUUGACCCCCAGGAAAGCAGCCCCGCGCUGGGCCGUAGCCGGGGAGGGAGGCCGUGGUGCGGGGGGACCGCGUGUGCGGAGUUACGGUCCGGCACGUGUGGGGCGUGGGAUCAGCCCUGCGGGACCCUGACGUGUGCGGGGACGGGGGGCUGAGGUCACUGUGGGAGAGGAGGGCUCCCACGCAGGGCCGCAGGCUCGGAGCAGAGCUGGGCAGCCCGACUGGCCGUGCCUGCGUUUUUGCAGGGCGUGAGAGGCUCGGGAGGUGCUGCGGGAGGAGGUGGAGGAGGGCGGCAGAGCGGCUCCCUUGCCACCAGCCUGCUUGUUGCUGGGGGAGCAGCCAGCACCAGGCAGGGGUGACGCAGGGAGAGUGGCCGCAGACAAAGGCCCUUGUGGCAGGGGGAAGGAGGGAGGCUCUGUGUCAGGCCAGGCCCCACCGAGGGAUGAAUAAAGCGUUUCUGUGAUCCCACAGUGAAACGCAGCCCGGACAGGUCUCUCACCCCGUGGGGCGGAUGGAGACUCCAGGACGUUAUCCUCCAUGACAGCCACUGGGGAUCCUACAGCACGGCUCCCCGGAGCACAUCCGUGCUGCGUGGCGGCUCCCAUUACACAGCCCGCUGCUACGGCCCUGGGAGCUGAAGGAGAGCCUCGGGAGGUGACAGCACCCAAAGGGACUUUGGCCUUAUUUAACGGGGGGCACCAGGACAGACACCCCAGCCAGUCACCCCAGUCUGACCCUUGUGUGCGUUCCCUAUACCAGCUGCACGCCGCCUGCAGCCGGAUAACAUCGGGCGCUGUUCAGCAGCCACCUCCCCUGUGCCGGACAGGCUUACAGCUGGGGGGCAGAGCACAGGGCAGGGCUCCUGCAGGCCCUUGCGGUGGGUGCGACCGGUCCAACACCGCGAGGAUUGAGGGCCCAGGGGACGAACGAGGCACUGUGCAAACCCCCGAGGACGCUGGAGGCUCUUCGCGGAUCCCGCCCUCGGCGGGGCACGGCGCUCUCCGCUGCACGUCUUUGCACCGUAGGGCAGCGAGGGGCCACGGGAGGCACUUUCCGCGGCAGGGCCCGGCACAACCCGGUGCCGAGCAGGGCGGCAGCGGGGACGCAAUAGGGGGCGCUCGGACGCGGCGAGGCCAGGUCCCACUGCGGGAAGGAGCGACCCCCGCCCAACCCCGGCCCGGUUCCCGCGCCCACGUGGGCGGCACAGCCGGCACCGCGGGAAAACGCGCCCUCGCCCCGCCCCUAUUGGGCGCUUCCCGCCAGUGACGCCCGUGCCGCCCCGCCCCCGCGCGCCACGGGGCGGGGCCGCUCCCUCAGCCCUCGCCCUCUACAAAGAUGGCGGUGAAGUCACGGCGCUCCCCAGUACUCAAAAUGGCCGCCUCGCGUCGUCGCCACCCUCACCCGCCAGGCGCUUACCGCGGCGCGGCGCCGGCGGCGAAGGGGUGUACUUCCGGCGUGCCUCGCGCGGGGCGGGGCGGCUCGGCGCGGUGGCCGCCGGGAGCUGUAGUGCGGGGCCGCCGGCGGUCACGUGUCGCGCCCGGCAGUGGCCGCGUUGGGUGCGGAGGCGCCAAGAUGGCGGCGCUGCGGGGCGGAGCGGUGCUCCCCGCGGCCGGGGCCGGGGUCGGGGCCGGGGUCUGCGGCGCUUCGACCGGAGCCGCCUCGCGGGGACCGGCGGGCGGCGGCGCCUCUCGCCAGCCGGCCCUGCGCGCCGGCAGUCCCCUGCAGUGUUUCUCCUUUGAGGAGGAUGACCUGAACUUGUCGCUGGAUGCAGAAACCAUCCCAGAGGCUGAGGAGAUCCUGGGGACAAUGCAGAACUACCUUGACUCCUCUGUCAUCUCCAUCAUCGAGGACCUCUCCCUAAGCGAGGGCAAGGCCUGCCUGGAUGCACAGAAUGAGCUGUCCCUGCUCACUGCCAUCACGGAGAUCCUGGACAGCACAGAUGAUGAGACCCUGUCCCCCUUCGACACCAUCAUGGAUGCAGAGCUGCUGACCUCUCUGCGGGAGCGGGAGAACCCCUCGUUCCAGAAGUUUCUCAGCCUGUCACGGCCAGUUCUCGAGUGCAAGAGCCCUGCCUUGGAGCAGCCCAAGGGUCUGUGGUCCCUCAGCAGCGGUGGCAGCAUGCCUGAAACUGGAAAGACCAACGUGGACCUGGCCUGGGACUGCAUUGCUCACAGCCUGGAGGACCCAUCACCACCAAAGAAGCAAACCUGUAGCACCCCGCGGGUGGAGAGGAAGCAGGGGAGGCCCCGUGCCCAUGAGCAGCUCCCCCUGCAGCGUAGUGACGGGGAGGAGGAGGAUGAGGAGGCUGCCUCCAGCCCAGAGCUGGACAGCAGCAUGGAGGCUGCAGAGUUCUGCAUGAAUGCGCCCGAGGUGGUGGCGGAGGAGCACGAAGACCCCUGCGUCAUCAACACAGGCGAUGUGUCGCUGAGCGAGCUGGUGAAGUCCAUGCACCCCUAUUGCCUGCCCACCUUCACUGUGUGCCUGGACCCCGAGAGCGAGCCCGUGGCCAAGGAGCUGCUGAACGGCCCCGUUGUGCUGGAGAUCGUGCCCAGGGAGGGUGAGAACAUGGAGAUCCCCGUGGUGCUGCAGCCCCUGGCCCCCAGCUUCCCUGACCUGGAGCCCCAGCUGCUGGGCACAGAGGGCGACGCAGAGUCAAUCCCAGUGCACGGAGAGGAGCCGCCAGGAGAUCCAGCAGCUGAAACUGGGAUGGAGGAGGAGGAGAAACCACCUGGGCAGGAGCCCUCGUGUGCAGCCCCGUACAGCAACACCCCCGUGGAGACUGCGGUGAGCAGCAAGCGUGAGAUCUGCGAGAAGGGACGUGGCCGUGAGAGAGCAAGGAAGAGUCGGAAAAAGAAAGCGGAGGAAGGCCUGAGCGAGGACGGCCGGCCAGGCAGAGGCUGCGUGGCACACCGGCUGCGCUCAGGCAGGUCACGGCGGGCAGCACGGCCCUCGCUGCAGGUCUCUGACUUCCUGGCACGGCAACUGGAGCAAGCGCGGAAGGAGGGGCAGAUGGAGCUGCAUGCUGAGCGGGCACCGCGGCCGCGUGGCCGCCCCCGGGGCGUGGCGGGGGUCUCCCUGCCCACGAAGGAGCCCCCGGAGCUGCCGAAAGGGUUGGAGCCGGAAAUGACAGACACGGUGCUGGAGAAGGGUGAGACUGCUGUGCCUGUGGAGAAAACCACGGAGGAGCCACUAGCAGCGAAGCAACCCAUCCCCGUGGAGCAGGAGGACAAAGGGGCUGUGCAGCCAGAUGUUGGGAUGCCGAAGCAGGAUGUAGGCGUGGAGCCCCCCCAGAGUGUGCCCGCGGCGGAGCCAAGUGAGACCCUGCCCAAGGAGGCCAAGCCCAAGGCCCUGAGCCUGCGGGAGUAUCGCAUGCGCAUGCAGCACCGCCAGUCCAGCACGGGCAGCAGGAAGGAGGGCAAGAAGCAAGCAGCCAGCAAGUGGCCCAGCGUCCCUGAGCCUCCCACCGAGCUGGCAGACAUCCCCUGCUUGGUGGCACCUGCACGCCCACCCACCGAGACACCCAGCGCUCAGAAGAGCCUGGAGAAAUCUGCCGGUUCUCCUGCUGGGCCUCCUCCUGCCAACAAAGCACCUGCAGCUCCAGUGCCAGCUCCAGUGCCAGCUCCAGCACCUGCCUCAGCCCCGGCACCUGCCUCAGCCCCACCACCUCCAGUGACACCGAUACCUUUUGUUGCACCUACCAUGCCCCCAGCUGCUGGGGUGGCUCCCCCUGGGAUGCCAUCACCGGCCACUACUGGUGCUUACGCCAUGUAUCCAUCUGUGCCUUCCUGGCCCUGCUUUGGUCCGCAGCCCCUGGGCUGCCAUGCUCUGCCCCCACCGCCUGGCGCUGGGCCCCCUGGCACUUUCCACAUGAUGCAUGGCCUCCCGCCCCCACCCAUGGCCUGGCCCCCACCGGCCCUGCCUCCCCCACCACCUUUUGUCCCCGGUGGCCCCUAUGGCCCUGUGGGCUGGGCCCCCCCAUCCUACUGGCCAGGCAUCCCCAUUCCACCACCUCCAGUGCCUCCUAUGGCAUACGGUGAUCCUGCGCUGCAGGGUGCAGCGGCCUCUUCUGUCCCCGCUGGUGGCUGCCCCAGCACGGCCCUCCUGCAUGGGCAGGCUCCCCCAGCCCCAGAGCUGCCAGCCAUCCCUGUGCAGCCAUCUCCAAGCAGAGAGAUGGAGACUGCAGGCAGUCAGGCCAGGCCAGGAGUCAGCAGGGUGUCAAAUCCUAGGAGGCAGGCACGUAUGGUAGGGGAGAGCUCCUUCCCCAAGGGACCCUUGGCUCCGGCCCCCACCCAGCCACCAGUAACUCCAUCGGGUGCUGCUGCCCAGCCCAGCAGGGCCCCUCCUGCAGCACCAGCUCCAAACGUGGCUGCUCCCGCUCAACCCGUGGAGGAGCCCCCGCCUCUAGCCCCCAUCCAGCUUUCAAAGGCCCCCCCGGCUGUCAUUCCUGCAGAGGUGUCAGCUGCUGCUGUCCCUGCUGGCGGGUCCCCUGGCACCUACCCCACAGAGGAGCCUGCGGGGCCAGCCAAGACCCCGGUGGACAAGACUCCACCGGAGCCACCCAGCCACAAGCCCAUCAUCCAGGCUCUAGCACCGCCACCAAAACCAUGCCGGGAGAGCAGCAAGCCACCUGCUGCGCGGCCCUGGAGGCACCAACCACUCAUCAGCCCCGCACAGCCCAGCGACAGCAGCCAGGACAUUGUGCAGGCCUUCAUCAGCGAGAUUGGGAUCGAAGCUGCUGACUUGUCCAGCCUGCUGGAGCAGUUUGAGAAGUCUGAAGCCAAGAAGGAGGAGGCUCCUGUGCAGCCCCCUGAGGAAAGGCGGCCAGCGAGGAGUGCUGGGUCGGAGCCCCAGCCAGAGAGGAAGCCCCCGGACAGCCUACAGGCCUCGGAGCUGGCCAACGUGGCAGGGCUCACCCCCCCAGCGACCCCUCCACACCAGCUCUGGAAGCCGCUGCCCACUGUCUCGCUGCUGGCCAAGACCAAGUCACCUGUCUCGGCACCUCAGGAAGGGAUUCAGAGGACCGCCAAGCUCGCAAAAGCUAAAGCCCUGCCCCAGAGCAGGCUGCAGGGGAGGAGCCCAGCGCCUGGCAGCGCAGCCCCCAGCCACGUCUGCUCAGGUGACCAUGACUACUGCAUCCCACGCACGGCACACCUGGAGAACAGCAGCAUCGCUGGCACGCAGCCCCCCGCCACUGAGAGCGGCUCCCGCUGGAACGUCAAACACCACCGGGACAUCACCAUCAAGCCCAUCUCCUCCUUAACCAAACGGACGCUGGACCAGCCCAAGCCGGCCCCCGCCACCACAGUGGGGCCCAGCCAGGAGUCCCCGGGGGCUGCCUGCCCGACCCCCCUGGAUUAUCGGACUAGCGUCCCCAGCAAAGCCAUCACCGGGGGUGACAGCCCCGCCACCUCAGUGCUCCUGUCCCCGGCUGCAUCUCCGUGCCGGGACCAGGAGGUGUGGACCUCUAGCACCCAGCCUGGCCGUGUCGCUGCCAAGAAGUCCCUGCGCUGCUACCGGAGACCACAGGACUCGCCCAGCCCCUCUGCAGGCAGCUGGAGGGCCGGCCGCAGCCGGGCCAGCCGCUCCUUCAGCUCCAGCUCGGAUGGAGCCAGCGAGUCUUCGUCAUCAUCCUCAUCCUCCCGAUCCCGGUCGCGGUCACUGUCCCCACCGCCCAAGCGGUGGAGAGGGUACCGCUCAAGAUGUUCCCACAGCUCAUCUUCCCGCUCCAGCUGUGGGUCGUGUGGCAGGUCCAGGGACAGGUCCUCCUCUUCCUCCUCCUCAUCCUCCUACUCCUCCCGGUCCCCAUCCCGCAGGCAGUCCCGUUCCCGUUCGCCCUCUCCCUGCAGGAGGAGUAACAGACGGAGAAGAUACAGUUAUGAUGCGCAGGACCACUACCAAAGGCAGAGGAUCCUCCAGAAGGAACGUGCAAUAGAGGAGCGGCGAGUUGUGUUCAUUGGCAAGAUCCCCAGCAGGAUGACACGGUCGGAGCUGCGGCACCGCUUCUCAGUGUUUGGGGACAUUGAGGAGUGCACCCUGCACUUCCGCUCCGAGGGGGACAACUACGGCUUUGUCACCUAUCGCUAUGCCGAGGAGGCCUUCGCCGCCAUUGAGAGCGGGCACAAGCUGCGGCGUCCGGAUGAGCAGCCCUUUGACCUGUGCUUUGGCGGCCGCCGGCAGUUCUGCAGGAGGAACUAUGCUGACCUGGACUCCAACCGAGAGGAUUUCGAUCCAGCCCCUGUGAAGAGCAAGUUCGACUCGCUGGACUUCGACACGCUGCUGCGGCAGGCACAGCGCAGCCUGCGGAGGUAGCAGCAAGCACGGCGGAGCGCCCGCCCCCGCUUUUAUACUCAAAUACAAAAGACAAAAAAAGUAAGGAGAGAAAGAUGAGGUUUUUAAGAAAAAGAAAAAGGAAAAAAAUUUGUUUUAUAACCAAUAUUUAAGGAGGACGGGCAAUUUCCCAUCAAUUGGAAGGGCCUAGGGGAGUGGCAGCCUCGGGCUUGCUGAGCCGUGUAAUAAAUGUGGAUGCCCAAACCCA